AGUCGGGUCAUGUUACAGCACAUCACGGUCUGAAUGCACUGGUGAUUAACACCUGACUGCAUGCAGGUCCUCCCUCACUGUCUUUAAUAUACAGUCUCUGAUCUUACAUGCUAGAAGUAGACUGCAUAGAGACAUGGCACCGUUUCCAGUGUGAGUCUGCUGACACUAGAUCUGAGCCGGCGACAGAACUGUCUGGUUUCAGAAAUGUCUACUACUCAGCCACGCAUGCUCGUCCACAUCGGGGAUGGAAGAACUUUUUCAAGGGCAAGGUUUCUGUCUUUAAUUAACACCUACAACUGCUUUCUGAAGGACAAGACGCAACUGCAGCUCUCGGUCAUUGAGAACCCUGCUGGUCAGGUGGCCCUUGAGGGAUUACUUGUCAUCUCUUGGGGCAUGAAGAGACCAAUCCGGCUUAAAAUCCAGGAUGAGAAACAGAUGGGUGUGCUGGAACACUCCAAGUCUCAGGACUAUUCUCCAGACGCCAUUAGCCCGGUCGAAAAUAAGAGGGGAAUGACCCGUUGGAGAGAAUUUGACAAUCUCAAUCACAUUGAUGAACUAGAAGAAAGUGCUCCAGAUGAUUCAGAGAUGCUCAACAAUGCUGGAGACUAUAGGCAAUAUGAGAGCCAGACGCUGAGGGUGGCACGACACGAAUCUGUGACAGAGAGCUCUGUCCUGUUCCGCACCAGGAGUGACGCCUCUCUGGUGAAGAAGAGAGUGAAGACCAAAGGAGCUGAGGAGAGACAGAGUAACAGAAAACAUCGCUUCUCAAUUAACGGCCAUUUCUAUAACUAUAAGACAUCGAUAUUUACUCCAUUGCAUGGGACGACCACAAACGUCCACAUAAACAGCACGAUGGGGACACAGGAGGUCAUUUGGCAGCUCCUAAAUAAAUUUAAGAUAGAAAAUGAUCCAAAUGAAUUUGCCUUGUAUUGCAUUCAUCAAAGUGGAGAAAGGAAAAAGCUGGGCAGCUCAGACCUUCCACUUUGGGAACGUUUUCUUCAAGGGCCAUCAGAAGACAUCAUGAAAAUCUUCCUCAUGGACACUGAUGAACAGGAAGUUAGCAUGGACGUAGCACAGUAUGUGAAUUUAGAGCUGCCCAUUCUCCAACGAGUUCUGCGGAAGCUAAACGAGGAGGAGACCAAAGAGGUACAGCGUGUCGUCAACAAGUACAGGCAUGAGCACAGUCUCCUAACACAAUGCCUGAAUUCAAAGUUGACACAGAAGACAGAGACGACGGUGUGAAAGAAAACUCCUGGAAGACUAAAAGAUUGGAUGCGUCUAACUUUAUGGAAUUGUACUGUAUAUUUUAAUAAUGCAUUUGUCUUAUUUUCAUUUUUAAUUCUGCCGGUUUAAUUACAAAUGUUAUUAAUAGAUAUUAGUGUAAAUGAGCAGUAACCAGGGAAAAUAUGAGGAAAAUGGCAUCUGAGCGUACUGGAAAAGCUGGGUCCUGUCUGAGAAUGAGUAAUGAGACUCCAACUGGUGUGUUACCACAGGGCUUUGGCAGUCAUGCCCUCAGUCUGCUGCUCUGAGUAAAUGCUGAACACAGUAACUCUCCCACAGAAGCUCCAUCAUCAUUACAGUCACCAUCCAAAUCCAACUUUCCAGAUGAAUGUUAUGUGUUUAUUAGCAUGUACAUUUAUGCUUGCGUGCAAAGGCUUGUAUUUCCCAGGGUUUGGGGAAGAAUGAAGAAGAAAUGUAUUUCUACAACAUCAUGAUAAUGAUGAUGAUGAAGAUGAUGGCUGUUGUUGCUAUGGUUGUUGGCGUUGUUAAGAAUAUUAUUAAACAGAAACUCCCAAGAGUUUAAAAAUGAAAUCAACAACUAAAUAAUAAGAAUAAGCAUUAGUGGUAUUUUUGUGAGCUAGCUUUGGUUGUGUGUCCUCCAGCAAUGACAGACACACACACACACACACACACACACACACACACACACACACACACACACACACACACACACACACACACACACACACACACACACACACUUACUUUCGCACUUAACUGUUUUGUGGAUGCAUUAAUGAAUGGAGAGUCUAAUGUCUUGCCUGUUUAUUUCUGUAACAUACAUUUAUUUCAGUCUUUUGGUCAUUCAAUAUAUGACAAUAUAAUUUUCCCAAUUUCUAGUAUGAAAAUAAUAAAGCCCUUCCAGAGGGAGCGUUUCUGUAUGAACACAUCAAUAAGGCACAAGCUAUUACAGACAGGUGACAAAUGAAAGGAAAUAUAAUGCUGUGUGAGCAAUUAAUGGAUGAAUUUGUUUAUUUUGCUGGAUGCUUUGGCGCCACAUGUCCCAUUAGAGCUAAAAGUGCCAAUGAGUACAAUGCAAUGAAUCGCUUGAUGAAACAUCUCCACUCUGAUGAGACUGGACUCUUCUAGCAUGACCCCAAACACAGGGUUUACUGAAUUGUAUGAUGAGAAUGAAAAUGAUGUAAAUCAUAUGCUAUGGCUUUCUCAUUCAACAGAUAUUAACUACUGUAACUGAACACCUAUCGAAGAUUUUGGAUUGAGAUGUUGGACAGCGUUCUUCUCCAUUAUCAUCAUCAUCAUCAUCAUCAUCAUCAUCAUCAUCAUCAUCAUCAUCA